AAUAAUAAUCCUCUCUCUCUCUCUCUCUUUCUUUUUCUUUCUUUCUAAUGGUCUCCUCUUUUUAUUCCCUUGAAAAUCUCCACCCUUAACUUAACAGACUCUCUCUCUUUUAUCUCAAAGUCCCUAUCUCAUCUCUUUCUUGCGUUUAGGUUUAUCUCUUGGAAAAUUUGUAUGUAUAUAUUAGUAUAAGGAUUUCAGCGGAUUAAGAACAAGUAAUGACGGCUCCAAACAUGGCCGCAAUCACUGCAUCUUUAGAGCGGUCUCUUCAGAACUGUUCGCUAAAUCAUCAUCAAAGUAGGGGAGUUUUAGGGGCAGGAGAGAGGUCGUCGAGCUCGGACGAUGCAGAGGUAGAGGGAGCACCGACGGAGCAAAAUCAUAUGCCUAACUCUGACACCACCUUGGAGCUUAACUCCCAUAUCUCUCUCCCUUACCAUUGGGAGCAAUGCCUUGAUUUAAAGACAGGGGAGAUUUACUAUAUAAACUGGAGGAAUGGAAUGAAAGCAAAAGAAGAUCCAAGAGUAAAACAAGAAUACAACGGCGAUUUUUACUCAGAAGACGACAGCUCAUAUGACAGUGAAGAGUCAUCAUCAGAGUCGUCUCCUCCAUCUUCUUCAAGAGAGCAUUAUCGAGUGCAGCAGAAAGAAGACCAUGUCCUUGUUGUGGCUGGUUGCAAGAGCUGCCUUAUGUACUUCAUGGUCCCAAAACAGGUCGAAGAUUGUCCCAAAUGUAAUGGCCAACUUCUCCAUUUUGAUAGAUCUGAAAAUGGCUCUCCAUGAAAACCCUCCCUUCUUUUCUUUUUUCUUCUUCUUCUUUCUCUUUUUUCUCUCUCUAGUUUUAAAUUCAAACAACUCAUUUGUGUUCUUCAAAGAUUUUCUGAGUGUGGAAUGAUCAUGAAAUGCGUGCCGAAUGGGUUUUCAUAAUUUAAUUAGCUACUUAAUUAACUUUAUAUUUUCCUUUUCUUUUCUUUGCUGUUAAAUUUGUUUCUUGAUUUAUCAAGGACUCCAUUGAAAUGAGUCUUAGCUUAGAUAGAAAGAGAGAGAGAGAGGCAGUGGGUAAGGUCAUUGCAGAAGAAAGAACAAUAUUUUGGUCAUGAUUGGGACGUGUAGCUUUUCUUUCUUUUCUUUUCUUUUUUAUUCAGCUGUUACUGAUCAGAUAAUUCUUGCUCUUUCAGAAUACAUAAUAGCUUCUUCUUCUUCUUC